UGGCUCAGCGGCCGGGAGUCGCGGUGACAGUCAUGCUGACGUAAGAAUUUUCAAAUCACUUGUCCAAUGGGUACUAUCAUUAUAAGAGUGGAUAUUCAAAGGAAUUCCUAACGUCCCUAAGGUGCAUGUACCCAUCAUGUUGCAGUCAUCUAAGCAAGGGCACUUUUCAAAUUGAGUGAUUUAUAUCACAGUUUGUCAGACUAGCUACUAAAAACCUGGGCACAAGAAGCAAUUUUUCUUGGAUGAGAAAAGAACUGAAAUUUAAGGCGUCCUCAUGAAAAACAGCAACUGCCAGCCAUGGCCUCCUGAAGCAAGACAGAAACUCAGACACAGUGCUCUUUCUAGAUAAGAGACAACCUCUCAAAACAAAACGAGACAGAAAAACUGCCUUACAUAUGAGGAGAAUUUACUGAAACAUCAAACUAUGCAGAAAAAUUCGAAGAGGAACAAUAAUUCAAGAGUUUCUGACAUAGACUUGAACUCUGUGAACACUGAGGAGAAGAAAAAAGAGAGCCGAAACAACUUUGUUGAACUACUGCCUCCAGAAGUCACUUUAAACAUUUUCCAUCAAUUAGACAUUCAGAGCCUAUGCAGGGCUUCAAUGGCAUGCAGGAGCUGGAAUGACAUGAUAAAAAACAGUGACUCUUUGUGGAAACCACACUGUUUGACUGUAAGAGCUGUGUGCCAAAGAGAAAUAGAUGGUGAUCUAGAAAGCGGUUAUUCCUGGAGGGUAAUACUACUGAGGAAUUACCAGAAGAGUAAAGUGAAGCAUGAAUGGCUAAGUGGCAGAUACAGCAACAUAUGUUCUCCCAUUAGCCUACCAGAGAAAAUCAUGUACCCAAUGGAUGCAGAUACGUGGGGGGAAAUUCUAGAAGCAGAACUGGAAAGAUAAACGGAAAAAUUGUAAACACCUUGUAACCUUGAGAGUUUAAAACCAAAAUGAUGAUUAGGUUGCAAAAGGUAUACCUUUAUCUGUUCACUGUUUUACUUUUUUAUAUUUAACAUUUAGAAGAAAACUAAGUGGAAAAUAGUAUGAAACUUAAAGCUUUAAUUUUUUGCACUUUAUUAAAAACAUUUUUCUUGUUUUGUAAAGUAGAAAAAUCAUGAAAUGAUAUUUUUAUAAGAAAUACUUUAAUGAAAGUGAUUUCAAAUGCAUUAUUUAAUGUAUUUGUGUUAGUAUAUUAUAGUACUUUAAAUGGCAAGAGUUUGGCAUUUUCUGUAUAAUUCAAAAAUUCAAGAAGCCAUUUGAAACUGACUUAGAGAUUAAGUAGGAGGCAUAACUAGGUUUAUGGGAAGACUAGCUAAGUAAAAUUAAUGUCAAUAUGUUUAAAUGAAUAAUAAAUAUGUGUUUCCAUAACUUUUAAAAAUUCUAUUUCAGUGGAAUCCGACUGAAUUGUCAAACAGUGAGACGACUUUAAAACAGGUUAAGCCUGUGGUUUCGUUUAAAAUUAAUUUCACCAUAAGACUAAAGCUUGUCAGGAUUAAGAUUCCCAUUACUUCUCUACAAGCCUGCAAUUGCUCUCAGAGGCUGGAAAUGAGUGGAAAGUUUCCAAAACACUUAACUACAUGCCGAACUACCACACUAUUUUUCUUCCUGACAACCUUAUAGGACCAUGUAGUGUACUGCUUAGAGAUACCAAGACAAAGGACUUUCAGCUCCUUUUUGUUUUUUCUGUAUCAAAAAGGAAAAAAAAACAAAAAUAUUAUUCUAUAGAACCCUUAAUAUCUAACUUUGUUAAAGUUUAUAGCUUUCCAAGAUUUUUUUGAUAUAGCCUUUGUUCUCUUUUUUUUAAGCAGAUGAUAAUAGUAGUCACUAUAUAGUUUAUCUGAAUCCAUGGUCAGCACCAUAGAAAAAGUAUCUGCAAAACAUUUUAGUCAGUAUGUAGUUUUCUUCUUAACUUGUGCUCUGUAGUAGAAAAAUAAGAAUCUAGCCGACCAGUAUUUAGUGAAUACUCAAAUAUAAGAAAGAUAUCCCACUACAGGCAUACCUCAGAGAUACUGCGGGUUCGGUUCCAGACCACCGCAAUAAGGCAAAUAAUGCAAUAAAGUGAGUCACACAAAUUUUCUGGUUUCCCAGUGCUUAUAAAAGUUAUGUUUACACUAUACUGUAGUCUAUUAAGUGUGCAUUAGCAUUAUGUCUACAAAAACAAUGUACAGACCUUAAUUAAAAAAUACUUUAUUGCUAAAAAAUGCUAACCAUCAUCGGAGCCUUCAGCAAGUUGAAAUCUUUUUUGCUCGUAGAGGGUCUUGCCUCGAUGUUUAUCGCUACUGACUGACUGAUCAGGAUGGUGAUUGCUGAAGGUUGGGGUGGCUGUGGCAAUUUGUUAAAAGAA